GGCACUAUUUGGAUGGACGAGGUCAAAUGCAAAGGGAGUGAGAAUUUUCUGUGGGAUUGCCAAUUUUCUACAUUGCAUCGUCAUGACUGUGGGCACAAAGAAACCGUCGGUGUGAUAUGUUCUGAUCACCAGCCACAUACUCCUCCUCUUAGUAAUCUGAGAGCCUUCUUCUACGCCAUCCCUUUCAUUCUUGGUUCUCUUCUGGUCAUCGUUUCUCUCUACCUGAUCAAAAGCAAACGAAGACAGUUCCAGAAUGGCGAUAGGAAGUCACGGCGUUCUACACAAAAGUUUGGUGAGCCGUUUUAUGAGGAGAUCGCCAUUCAAGAGACUGGGCCUGGAGUCGUAAAUGCGCAAUCCAUCAGCUCAGCAGAUAAAUUAGAAUUUCAUCCGGACGGUGAUCUGCAUGACUACAAAAAUGAAGACGUGGAAGAAUCCCCUUCGUCGCUUAACGAAAAAUUCGGAGAAGAACAUGACGGUAUUCAAUAAUGCGCUUGAAGAAAUGUGAAUUACAAUCAUUCAGAUCAAACAUUUUAUGGUCAUUUGCAACCACCGUGCAAUUUCCAUGUAUGUUUUAUAAUUCAUUUAAUGUCAUGUUGUACAUGGAAUUCAAGCCCCUCUGUGAUUUGAAGUGUGAUCCUUCCGGAAGUGGAAAACAAAGCAAAACUUCUCAACGGUUUGGCAGAUACUAGUGAUGCAAAAUGUAAAACGGCUUUAAAUUGAAUUUAACGCUUACGUUAUUUGAUGU